AUGGAAGGAGAGCUUCAAGAAGAUUGGGAAGUGGUGGCUCAGAACUCAGGAUCUACAUCUAGUCAUGAGGAUAACCAUUCGAUUGAAAAUGAUGAUGAUGGUGAUGGCACGCCAGGUCUAAUUACCUUCGAUUACUUCUCCCUCGAGAACAAUAUCGAUCUGCGUCGUGUGGAGGAGAUCGAUGAAGAAGGGUCUGUUCAAUCAGGUAGUCCAGGAUGGAUCGAACCUCGCUCCGAUGCUUUUUAUGGCCCCAAGCAUUUUAGCGAGCUAUGGUCCGAUUCGAGCAGCGAUCGGCUUGAUGAUGAAUUGAGUAACGAGUUGGGUUUAGAUGAUUCAAGUGGAGAAAUUGAUUUGGUGAGCUCUGAUACGGAGAGAGUAGUCGAGUCUCCAAUUUCGAUUGAUCCGUUUGUGAGAUCUGGUGGUGGUGGUGGUGCUGGUGAGGGAGAAGGAAAGGGAUUUGUGUGGUGGAAAAUGCCAAUAGAGAUGUUGAAGUAUUGUGUAUUCAGAGCUAAUCCGGUUUGGUCGUUCUCCAUGGCUGCAGCAGUGGUGGGAUUUGUUAUGUUAGGGCGGAGAUUGUACAAUUUGAAGAAGAAGAAGAAGAGCCCUACCUUGCAGCUUAAGGUUCUACUUGAUGAUAAGAAGGUGGUGAAUUAUAGUGCUCGGCUGAACGAUGCGAUCUCGGUAAUGAAACGUGUGCCGAUAAUCAGGCCAGCACUACCAUCAUCGGUGGGUAUGAACCAGUGGUCCAUGAUGAGUUUGAGGUGA